GGCAGUUGGUGAGAGCAGAGGUGAGGUAACUGACCUUGAGAGGAGACCUAUGCCGUCAGUAGUGUGCUGAGGUGACUGAGAAGAUGGAGGCGGACCCUCCUCCCGCAAUGGACAGUAAUGUGACUCAUCCCCCAUACAAGACAAGAUUGGGGAUGUGCUUGUAAUAAGAGUGACAGCGGCAGGAGCAGUUCCCAAUAGUGACCGGUAGAGCAGAGGUGAAAUUGCCAUCCCUCUGUGUGUAUUAUUAAAGGCAGGUGGCGGACUGGGAGACGGGCCUAGACUCCCCAAAUUAGGACAAUAAUGGGCAGUGGGGAGCGUUACCAGCCUACUGGAGCAUGAAAGCCAGCGCAGGUCCUGCACUAACAGCUGUCUACAGCACAGCACUUCCAUUACUACUGGAUAGGUAUCACUGCAAACAGAUGUAGCAAUACUCAGUUACUGUGAGUCACCACAGUUCACUACACACUAACUAUACAAAGAAUAAAGCAGUUUCUGUACUUGUGAGUAAACUAAGGCACCCUGCUGCAAUAUUACCUAUUACACAGGAACAGUUAUAUUUGCAUUGAGCAGAACUUAAGUAAAUGAGUGAUUCAACCCUGUAGGAUUUAAUGUAAUGCACAUCAACAGAUUGUGGUACUUCUUCCUAAGCAAGAGUAAAAGCUGGCAAUCCUAUCAGCCGUGAUACUGAGAUUUUAACCCUGUUGAGCCAGUUCUGCUAGUAAAGUCCUGCUUGACAUCCAUCCCCCUACAAACUUCAAUGUUAAAACGACAACUUAUUGAACCUUUUAUCUCAGUUGCAUUUGUCUCAAGCUUACCUUGAAAUGAGCGCUCUUUAAUACUACUUAUAUCGUCUCAUUAACUCUUAAAAGGAGACAGGAGUAAAAGACAACUCAUGUGCACCACCAAAAGUAUAUACAGAUGAACUUGGUUGUUUAAUUAAAUUUGAAGCAUGCUCAUACUGAUCAAUAUUAGAGCUCUGAUCUCGUGUAUUAAAGAUAACAUGCAUACGGUAACCAUUUAUGUAUCUGUUAUAAAAUGUACUCUGCUAGUACGGACACAGGUAAUUCUGUUUUGACUCCUGAGUAAGAAGACUCUGAGGUGGUGUAAUAAAAUAGUUUUUAUUGUUUGGUGUACCAUUGCAUAGGGUUGUUAAUAUUGCUAAAUUGGAUGCUGUUGUACAAACAGUGUGCUUCAAUAAUAUUACGAAGUUAUUAUUGAGAUUCAGAAAUUCCAACGUGAACUGACAACAGUGAAUAAACCUCUUUGUGUAAGAUUCCCUUCUCGCCUCUCUAUCGAGAUUACAAGGACCUGUGGAUUAGGAAGAGAGAGACAAGUUACUACAUUAGAUCCCUGCCUGAAUACUUACCUCUAUGUCACAGCGCCGCGGCCGCCGCGCUUACCUCUCCGGGUGCGCUAGGUCGCCUGGCGGUCGUCCACACUGGUGGGCUUCGGGUCCCGGCGUCCGUUGCCGCUGGUCCCGGCGGUCUUCCAGGGAAUGGGCGGCGCCGGCACGUCCAGCGUCCACGGAGGUGGGCGGGUGAUGUCAUUGGCUCUCUUCCUCCCCGCCAAUCAAACCGGGGCGGGAAGUUCAAAAGCAGACGCCGGGCAGAGCCCCGGCGCCUGAGUAUCUUCUCUUUCCCUGAAAGUGACUCCAGUGCUCCUGUCUAUAUGGUUACCUGCUACUGCUUUGAAAACUCCAGCGUUCCGGUGGGCAAAGUGACUCCUACUACUGCUUACAAGCUCUGGUACCUCUUUGCCGCACAGACCUCUGCGUCUCCAGCAUUCUUCAGUGUCUUUAACCAUCGCUCACAAGUUCACCAGUGUCUUUAAACAUCGCUCACAAGUUCUUCAUGCUUCACUGUCUUUCACCAUCGCUCACAAGUUCAUCAGUGUCUUUCAUCAUCGCUCACAAGUUCAUCAGUGUCUUUAAACGUCGCUCACAAGUUCUUCAUUCUUCAGUAUCUUUAAACAUCGCUCACAAAUUCUUCAGUGUCUUUCACCACCGCUCACAAGUUCAUCAGUGUCUUUGAACAUCGCUCACAAAUUCUUCAGUGUCUUUCACCACCGCUCACAAGUUCAUCAGUGUCUUUAAACAUCGCUCACAAGUUCAUCAGUGUCUUUAAACGUCGCUCACAAGUUCUUCAUUCUUCAGUAUCUUUAAACAUUGCUCACAAAUUCUUCAGUGUCUUUCACCACCGCUCACAAGUUCAUCAGUAUCUUUAAACAUCGCUCACAAAUUCUUCAGUGUCUUUCACCACCGCUCACAAGUUUGUCAGUGUCUUUAAACAUCGCUCACAAGUUCAUCAGUGUCUUUAAACAUCGCUCACAAGUUCUGCAUUCUUUAGUGUCUUUAAACAUCGAUCUCAAAAUUCUUCCGUGUCUUUCGACAUCGCUCACAAGUUCCCAUUCUGCUAUGUGCUUCAGCAUCGUGUUCAAAUCCUUCUCAUCAUAAAGUUCUUUAGCGUUUUACACCAAUUAUAACUGUUAAAGUUCUGCAUGAGGAAAACCUAUAUCCGGCCAUCUCUACUCCGACCCAGCUGUGGUUCCCCUUCCCGACCAUCGGAAGAACCCCCGAGUUCUCAACACUCCCAACUCAGGGAGACAGAUCUCGCGGAGGCUCUGGAAGCAGGAGGCUGUGACCUGGAGACUGUAAGAAAUAUUAUUCAAGGGCGGCCUGUCCCCUCCGGUCUCAGGGCAAAAGUAUGGAAGAUUGCACUGAACGUAUCAGGAAAAGGAGAUGGUUUAGCAUCAUGGGAUGGGUUACUAGACCUUCCAGAGCAGCCAUUGAUUCACAGGGAUUGCCAAAACCUUAUAGACCAACUUAUAGUGCUGGAAGAGAGAAGAACUGUACUUCUUCAGGACAUUGAAUCUGUUGUUACCUUUUAUUGUAAAUCUCGCAAUGUCAGAUAUGUUGAAAAUAUCAGCUGGAUACACCUCCUAAAACCACUGGUGGCCCUAGACCUGCCGCGCAGCGACUUGUAUAACUGCUUCUAUGCAAUCAUGAAUAAGUACAUCCCCAGGGAUUGUUACAAGAAAGGAAAACCAUUUCAUUUAUUCCGGCUGCUCAUCCAGUACCAUGAACCAGAGCUGUGUUCUUUCCUAGACACUAAGAAGAUCACUCCUGACCUUUAUGCACUUAAUUGGUUUGGAAGCCUGUUUGCCUAUCAUUGCACAGUUGAAGUCACUCAAACAAUUUGGGAGUGUUAUUUACAGCAGGCAGAUCCGUUCUUCAUGUACUUCUUAAUGCUGAUCAUGCUCGUCAAUGUGAAAGACGUCAUUUUGGCAGAAGAAAUGGAGAGUAAAGAAGAACUUAUAAAAUUCCUGGAAAGUCCACCGACACAUCUAGAGGUUGGCGACAUUGAAGAUUUAUUUACUUUAGCUCACCAUUACUACAGCAAAACGCCAGCUUCUUUCCGCAAGGAUCACCAGAGCCUGUUUGGCAGCAGCCUGAUUGCUCUCAAAGAAGACGGUGAUCUCAGCCAAGCUCUUUGUUUAGCAGUUUCUGUAUCAGAAAUUCUUCAAGCAAAUCAGCAACAUGGGGACGGGGUACGAUUCUUUGUAGUGGAUUGCCGACCAUCUGAACAGUACAACUCCGGUCACCUGUCUACUGCCUUUCACUUGGACUCUGACCUGAUGUUGCAGAACCCUGGAGAGUUUGCCCUGUCAGUGAAGUCUCUGCUGGAAGCUCAGAAACAGUCCAUUGAGUCUGGCUCUGUAGCAGGUGGAGAACAUCUGUGCUUCAUGGGGAGUGGCAGGGAAGAGGAAGAUAUGUACAUGAAUAUGGUCCUUGCUCAUUUCUUACAGAAAAACAAGGAAUAUAUAAGUAUUGCAAAAGGAGGAUUCAUGGUGCUCCAGCAACACUUGGCGGACAUAAAUGUAGAAGGGCCAGACAAUGGAUACGGACAUUGGAUUGUUAGUACAUCUGGACAACGGAGCAGCAUGAGUUCUUAUGCAGACGAAGAUUCUCCUAAUGGGUUAAGUGAUGGAAAAGGGGUGAAGUCUUUGGUUAAUAAAAUGACUGUAGCACUGAAAACCAGGUCUGUAAAUGUGAAGGAGAAGGUGAUCAGCUUCAUUGAGAAUACAUCCACUCCCGUAGAAAGAAUCACUUUCAAUCUUCCCUGGCCAGAGAGGGCGAGUUUGGAGCGCAGACAUGUCAGCAGCAGUGAUAGAGUGGGAAAGCCCUACCGGGGUGUUAAACCUGUGUUCAGCAUCGGAGACGAAGAAGAAUGUGACACAGAUGAGAUUGACAGCUCGUCUAUGUCAGAUGAUGACCGCAAGGAAGUCGUUAACAUUCAGACCUGGAUUAACAAGCCCGACAUAAAGCACCACUUUCCCUGUCAUGAAGUUAAAGAAAAUGGACAUAUGUUCCCAAGUCACCUUCUGGUAACUGCAACCCAUAUGUAUUGUUUACGAGAGAUCCAGUCUAGAAAAGGAUUUGCUUAUAUACAAUCGCGACAAGCACUAAGCUCCGUUGUAAAGAUUACAUCGAAGAAGAAACAUCCAGAGCUGAUCACUUUUAAAUAUGGGAACAGCAGUGGCUCAGGUGUGGAAAUAUUAGCAGUAGAGAGGUACUUAAUUUCAAAUGCAGGAGAUGCUACCAAAGCCAUUAAGCAACAGAUCAUUAAGGUCUUGGAUGCCCUGGAAAGCUAACAACACCUAACACUUAUAUACUGUACAUGUCUGGACAAGAAGAACGCUUUUCUAAUUGUUGGCAGGAUAAUAAAAUAGUUUAUUUAAUUUUCUUGGGGUUGUAUUUCAUUACACUCCUUCUGCAUAAGUUUUUUUUAAUUUUUUUUAUAAGAUUCAUUUUGACAAACAUUUUAAUAAUAAGAACGGUUAACUCGUUAAGAAAACGAUACAUGGAUGGCAUCCGUUUACGUUUGCUAAGGGACAUAGUUGAGAUUGAGGCUCUGAGGAAUCAAUAAAAAAAGGAGUAUUAGAAUUUGUUUUCUAGUUGAUUAUUUUUUUUACCAGUGUAAAGCACUCAGGGACAGGUAGCCUACCUGCACCGCUGAGCACAGUGGAUUCUGCAUAGAUCAGUAUUUAGCGCUAACGGUGUACAGAGAGGACUCUCUUGUACACCAGAAGCCCUGACUCAUGUAAACCAAAUUCAUUUUAACCGCAAUGCACUAACAGUAUUUUAUAAUUUGUUCUGUUCUAAGCACCAGAUUUCUAAAUGGCAAAAAAAAUAAAAAAAAAUACACAGGGCUAAAACUGUAUACAGCGUUAAAUAUAUCUGUUUCAAUUAUUAAUAUUUUAUUUGAUGUAAUAAUGUGGGAACUAUGUGCAAUGUGUUUUGGGAUGAAAUGAAUGAUAUUAGAAGAGGGGAGGUUAAGGCCUUCUGUCACUGCCAUGAAUACUGUUUGUAAGAGAAAGCUACACGCACGUUGGAGCGUUUGCAUCAUAAAGCACAUGAGGACAGCGGUCUCCUACAUGGUUCGUGUAUGACUGUUUAAAAACAUUUGUGUGUUCUCUUGUCACACGUUCCAGACCUGAAUGGCUGCCACGGGACCUGGGUUUAUUCCGACAAGCAUGGAGGCCUCCUAAUGAUGUGAAAGGCGGUAGCUCUUCUUUAUGUAUAUUUGCUUUGAGGAAAAUGCCAACCGGCAACAGAAAAAUAAAACAUUUUAAGUCAAAAUACUUUAACUCCA